GCCAAAGCCAUUGUGCCAUCAUGAGGCCGUAUCUGCUGAAUGGGUAAGUGCCCAAGCAGAUCCACGCUGCAGGAAGGACCCAUGGACAUCCAUUGCUGUCUGCAGGCACUCUCGCCCUCUGACGUACGUUAUGUUCAACCGGGAUGGAGAUCUCCUGUUCACUUGCGGCAAGGUACGCUUGUGUGCAACACAGACGCAGCGCGUCACUCGCGGGUGUCCUCCUGUGCACCGUGCGUGUGUGUUGUGUCGGUCAGGACAAGAAGGUCAACGUGUGGUACUCAUCCAACGGCGAGAGGAUAGGUGAGGAGGCUGAAACUGACAGAUUCGCUCAAGGCGGACAGCUCUUCUCACGUCGCAUGUGUACUCCAGGCACAUACGACGGACACAACGGUGUGGUGUGGUGUCUGGACGUCACCUAUGACUCGAAGAGGCUCAUCACUGCUGGAGCAGGUACGCUGAUCACAACUGCCUAUGCCCAGACCAUCCAUCCCCACAUCGCCUGUCUGUCUGCCAACUCAUGCAGACGAGUGCUGCAAGGUGUUUGACAUGGAGACCGGCGAGCAGCUGGCGGAGAUCAAGGAGAAAGGUCCCUGCCGAUGGGUUCAGUGGUGCCGCAAACCAAACGACCAGAACAAGGUGGUCGUCGCCCGCGACAGGUUCAGCGAGGCCAAGGGACCUGCCGCCAUCAGCAUAUGGAAGGUGGGCUCGUCAGCUGAUGAUGACAGGGACGAUGAGGACGGUGCCGGGCCCAAAUCCACACGUAUCCUUGAGAUCACAGACCUCCCCUCCAAGACCACCACCGUGAGUGUGGGGUGCGUGGAUGGGGUGUCUCAUCUGAGAGCCGGACUUGGGCUUGUGUCUGUGUGUUUCAGGUUCACUGGGGUGCCUACGAUGAGACCCUCGUCAGCUCGCACGAGGACGGACUGCUUGUGGUCAGCGAAGGAACGAGAUCAACAAGAGGGUGAUUGAGCUGACUCAUCGCUCGUGAAUGUGUCUUUGCUGUCUGCAGGUAUGGGACGUCUUUACAGGCACCCCUGUGUGGGAGAUCCAAGCACACGAUGCGUAAGCUGAGGGAGGGAUGAAUAUCGCAGCGACAAGCCUUAGACUGAUGUGUCGCUGUGUCUGCCAGGAGCAUUCCCUCCAUGUGCCUCAGUGAAGACCGCUAUUUGUGCCUGACGGUACUUCCCAGGGAACGAAGAGGCGACACGCGAUUUAUGUGCACGUGUGUGGGUGUGCUGUCACGUUUGCCUCAGGCGUGCAAGGACGCGUCCGCGAAGCUCUGGGACCUGCUCAACAAGAAAUGCGUCAAGGAGUACAAGACCGACAGAGGCCUCAACGCCUGCUCCAUCUCACCAAGAUACAACGCACGAGAAAACAAAAGGUACCCAACAUACGAGCCCACCCAAUCAUCCAUCCAUCCAUCCAUCCCAUUCAUCACGGCCUGUCUUGUUCACCUCUGCGUCUGUCUGUGUGCAGGUAUCACAUUCUGUUGGGCGGCGGUCAGUCGGCCGAGGAGGUGACGACCACGGCAGCCGGAGAGGGCAAGUUUCAGGCGCUGCUGUACCACAUGGUGUUUGCCGAGGAGCUGGGGUCCGUCAAGGGCCACUUCGGGCCCAUCAACACCAUCGCAUUCAUGCCCGGCGGAGACGGAUACGCAUCAGGUGCGCCCGACAGGACGGACAUGACGUGCGUUCGCUGAGAUGCAGCGAUGAUGUAUCUGUGUGGAUGCAUGUCUGUGACCAGGUGGUGAGGAGGGUUAUGUUCGUCUUCAUCACUUCGACGAGUCUUACUGGUCCAACAAAUACUACGACUGAUGCUUGGUCGGGGGACUGGCCCGAGGGAUGUCGCCUUCGUUGUUUGUGACAGUCAGACGACUUGGGACAAGACGCUGCAUGUGUGUAACGCGUCCAUGGAGUUUAAAUCGCUGUUUUAUUGCA